UCCCCGCACAAACAUAAACAAAUCCAAAGGACCAAAGGAGCCGAACUGGGAAGAUUGCCUCUACACCUGACUGUUCCCGUAUCCCGGCAAGGUUAUCAUGCUCAGACAUCUGAAAAGCUUGACUCAAGUAACUCUUCAAAGUUUUGGCUCUGUGCUCGAACACUGAAGCCCUGAAAACUCACAGCUUCUACUGAUGGCGUCCAAUGGUGAUGUGGUCCUGUUGUAUGCACACCCCUCUACGCAGAACUUAGCCCGACAGAUAGCAGAGGGCUGCUGUAAUGGUACGGGUGUAAGCGAUACCAGUGGCCCAUCACUUGGUGCAAGCCUGUCAGGGGACGUCCAGAAGAAACGUGUGGUAAAUGAUGGCAUCCUUGCUGCUGGCUCGAAGCAUAAAAUGGAGAGGUCCUUCUCAGCCGUCACGACAGCGCGACAUGUCGAGUUCCGCGACACAAUCCAGUGGAAGAAGUUUGCAGACGGCUUCCCUAACCUCUUUAUUGAGGAUGUGAAGUACAUGGCAGGCAAAGAUGUGAUCUUCAUUGGCAGCUUCCACUCCCCUGAAGUUGUGUUUGAGCAACUGUCUGUGCUCUAUUCUUUUCCCAGGUACCUGGCCCGAUCAUUUCACUUCAUCUUACCGUAUUUCCCUACGGGCACCAUGGAGAGGGUGGACCAAGAGGGACAGAUUGCCACUGCCAAGACUGCUCAUGCUGUCCUGGUGGGUGGUUGGAGGGCGCAAGAGACUCUGGCAACUUUGAUCUCCAACAUCCCUCUCAGUGCUCGAGGCCCAGCACAGAUCAUUAUAUAUGAUAUUCAUGUCCUGCAGGAGCGAUUUUAUUUCUCUGACAAUGUCAUACCCAGACUAGAAACGGCGAUCCCGCUUCUCCAACGAGCCAUCUCAGAGCAGCCGGACCCGGACAGCAUCAUGAUUGCUUUCCCCGAUGACGGGGCUUACAAGCGCUUUCAUCAGUUCUUCCCCGACGACUCGAAGCUGAUUGUGUGUGUGAAGAAGCGCGAAGGGAAGAACAGAGUCGUCACAAUCAAAGAUGGUCACCCUAAGGGGAAGCGCGUCAUCAUCGUGGAUGACCUGGUGCAGUCUGGCGGGACGCUCAGAGAGUGUGGCAAG